CAGCCUGCAAGAGCUGCACCUCGGGAUAUAUAUAAAAUGAACGGUCUUACACUAGUUACUCAUUCGUUAGUUUGAACUCACCACGAAUACUAAGCAUCAUGCUCAAAUACGUAACUGUGAUGUGCUUAAUUGCUUCGCUUUGCGCGGGCGCACCUCAACAGAAUCCGCAAGAUGUACAGAUCCUCCGAUUCGACAGCAACGUCGAGCCCGAUGGCUACAGUUUUGCGUACGAAACUAGCGACGGCACAUCGCGACAGGAGGAGGGCAAGCUUGACAAUCCCCAGUCAGAGAACGCAGCGCUGACAGUGACCGGACAAUACGCUUACGUCGCUCCCGACGGCAAGCACUACAGCGUCACCUUCACAGCCGGCCCUAACGGCUUCCAGCCCAAGACUUCCCUAGGCCAAAAGUAGGCUCCGGAAAAUUGACUAUUCUGUAAAUAGUAAACAAUAUCCACUAAAAAUAAACCUUUCUGAAGUUCUCAUGGAACACCAGAUCUCAAUUUAACCUUAUUGAAUGUACAGGAUGGAUGUCUAUCUAAAUUCUUGUGCCAUAUGGACAUAACAAUUUUGUAUUUUUAUAAUUAAAUGUACUUAUCAAUGAAAGCGAAAUACAUUAUUGAUAAAAUA